AAAAUAAACAGAGAAGUUUUCCUUCACUGCGUGAUUCACAGCGCGAUUGAAGGGAUGAGACCCCCUCCCUUGAUUGGCCCAACCCAUUCACCGUGACCUUAGGGAAACUCAGUCCUUAAAACCCAUAGAAAGAACAAAAAUAAAAAAUUUCUCCCCUUUUUCCAAUCACUUGUGCUUCUCAGCUUUCUAAUAUAAUAAUCCAUCUAGUGUUUUUCCUGGGACCUUGAUCACCAGUCGCCACUAAACAUGGACUCAGAACCGCCAUUUCAAGAUGCCUACAAGUCCCUGUUGGAGGAACAAGAUAAUUCCAAAGCAGUGAAACUGAUUGAUGAGUUUGUUGAAGAUUGCGAGGUCCCUGUAAUAGAUCUAAGCCGUUUAAAUGGAUGCAACAACGAAGCAGAUAAAGAAGAGUGCAAGAAGGAGAUAGCCAAAGCUUCAAAAGAGUGGGGAUUCUUUCAGGUAGUAAACCAUGGAAUACCUCAAGACGUUCUGCAGAGGAUGCGGCGUGAGCAGGUGAAGCUCUUCCGGCAGCCGUUUCAGAACAAGGCGGCCGGCAAAGGAGAUCAUAAGGUAUCAGAUUUAUCGGGGAAUAAUAGCUACCGGUGGGGGACUCCGACUGCGACAUGUCUGAAGCAACUCUCCUGGACUGAGGCUUUUCAUAUUCCUAUCACCGAUGUUUCCAACUCUGCGGCAGGCCAACCCAACAGACUCAGCUUGACCAUAAAAGAGUUUGCCUCAACAGUUUCUUCUUUGGCCCAAACAAUAGCUGAGAUUUUGGCAGAGAAUUUGGGUCUGAAAUCUGCUUUCUUCACAGAAAAUUGCUGGCCAAACACUUGUUAUCUUAGAAUGAACAGAUACCCACCAUGUCCCUUACCCUUGAAGGUCUUUGGAUUGCUGCCACACACAGAUAGCAACUUCCUCACAAUAUUGUAUCAAGAUCAGGUUGGAGGAUUACAGUUGGUAAAAGAUGGGAGAUGGGUCACUGUUAAACCAAAUCCAGAAGCUCUAAUCAUCAACAUUGGCGACUUAUUUCAGGCAUGGAGCAAUGAUGCUUAUAAGAGUGUAAAACACCGAGUGGUGACCAAUGGUCGUGUGGAGAGAUUUUCUGUGGCGUAUUUCUUCUGUCCUUCCUAUGAUACCAUAAUACAGAGUUGCAAAGAUGGGCCUCGGGUUUACAGAAAGUUUAGUUUUAGAGAGUACAGAGAACAAGUCCAAGAAGACGUUCGGACUACAGGCAACAAGGUGGGGCUUCCCAGGUUUCUCCUCUCUGAAGGGCAGUAGACUAUAUCGAUUGCAUUGCUUUCAUCCUUUCGCUUCAAGUAGAAUAGAACUUGAAGCAAAUACAAAUAUUUCUCAUUCAUAAAGGGAAAAGGGCUUUAUUCAAAGUUAUUAUACUAGUAACCAUCCCUAAGCUACA